AUUUAUGGUUUGAUUGAGUUGAUGAUAACAUGUACGAUCUGAAGCGGACAGUGUUUUGUUUUUUAGUGGUAUAUAUUGUGAAUAUUGCAGCAGAAAAUGCCGCCGACGAUCUGGACCUCUCCCGUGUCUUCCGCACCCCCAAAGAUUUCUCGAGGGUGAAUUUCGACCAUUUCGAGAUCCUCGAACGCAACAACUUCGACCCCACCACCCCUGCGGCUCAGAAGGAUGCGCAACAGUCGGCCAACGAUACGCCUGCGCCUGCGCCCACGUCUGCGCCUGCGCCUGAGGCUGCGCAACACCAGCCUAAGUCUGUCGCUAAUGCGCAAGUCAUGUUGAGAUUUGGUGGUGACGACAUCCAUGGCAAGAACUGCAUCGAAGCCCCGGAAAGGGCCAGCCCAUACCAUCCCUGUCCCAACCCCCAUCACAACCACCACCUCCAGGCGAACGACAUCAGAUACCACUCUCCUUACCCCCACCAAUUUCUGCCUCCCCCGCCGCCGUACGGGUACCCCUAUCCCCCCUACGCGUUCCCAGGAAUGUACUAUCCGACGGCCGAGUUUGGAGGACCUUAUAGGGAUCAAGGUCAUCUGAUUCCUGACAACGAAGAUUCAUGUUCUUGCAGCGAAGAAUCCAAGGCUUUUUUAGAAAAAAGCGACGUUUGCGAAGACGCAAACACAAAUCAUCCAGAAAUCAUUCCAGCCAUCGAUCUGACCGAAGAAGCCAUCCCAGAAUGUCAAAAAUGCAACGGAAGUCCAGUAAAGCCUCCUACAGAGAAGAUUCCGCAUCAAUGUCAUCCUCAGAGUGAAACUGGCCCUGUCCCCUUCCCAGGUUUCAGAGACGACGUGAAAAAAUCUGAAGAGGUUGUAUGCGUUGAGCCUCCGAAGAACAUCGACCCCAAGAAGCAUGAAUGUGAUAAUAAGAAUGAUAAAGGCCCUGUCCCAUUCCCAGGUUUCCGUGAUGACGUAAAAGAAUCUGAAAACAGCAGUGAAUCCUGCUCUAGCGCUUCCAAUUCUCCAGAUAAACUGAAUAAAGAACACGCCAAAGAAGGAAAAUGGCCUGAAGUCAUUUACGUCAAGCCCCCAACGAUUGACCACCACCAUCAUCAUCAUGAUCAUACCCACAAAGAAGCAGACAUAAUAGCAAAAAUUGAACACACUAAGGCAGAGAUAUCGCAUGAUAUCGAUCAUAUCAAGCACCUAAAGGAAGAGCUACACCAUCAUCAGCAUCAUACAACUUGUCCCCCAGUCCAUCAUCAUCAUUCCCCAUACAACCCUCCUGUUAUAGUUAAGAGUGAGCACGCUAACGAGGAUAAAUUGCAUAAAAUCGAACAAAUCAAGCACUUGAAAGAUGAGAUAAACCACCUUCAGCAUCAUACAACUUGUUCUCCGGUAUACCAUCAUCAUCCCAAUGAAGGAUUCAACCCAAAACAUCCUCCAGCUAUAGUAAAAAGUGAACAAGCUAAGGAAGAGAUAUUGCAUAAAAUCGAUCACGUUAAGCAUCCAAAGGAUGAGCUACACCACCUUCAGCAUCAUACAACUGGUUCUCCAGUCCACCAUCAUCAUCCCCAUGAAGGCAUCAAGCCAUACAUUCCUCCGGUUAUAGUCAAAAGUGAACACGCUGAGGAAGAGAAAUUGCAUAAAAUCGAACAAAUCAAGCACUUGAAAGAUGAACUAAACCACCAUCAGCAUCAUACAACUUGUUCUCCAGUCUGCAGUGAUUCCUCAAGUCCUCAGAACCAUCAUCACCAUCCUCUUCCCCAUGGAGAAACCUGCCCAAAACAUGUCCCAGAUGUGAAUAAAUGUGAACACUCCAAGGAACAGAAAUGGCCUGAAAUCAAGCACUUUGAGCAUCCAAAGAACGAGUGCCACGAACAUCAGCAUCACCAUGGGCCUCAUGGGGAACCCAGCAAACAUAUCCCACAUAUAGUAAAUAUUGAACACGCGAAGGAAAAUAAAUGGCCUGAGGUAACUUACAUCAAGCCUCCACAUAUUGAUCACUACCCACAUGAUCAUCACAAAAUCAUUCCUGUGGUCAGCAGUCCUCCAAACUAUCCAUACCAUCACCAUCCCCAUGGAGAAACCAGCCCGAAAUAUUUCCCAGAGAUAGUGGAAAAGCAACAAGCUGAGGAGAAGAAAUGGCCUGAGGGCAUUUACCACCACCAUCAGCAUCCUCAAGUGAUCUUCAUUGACAAAGUCCUCCCAAUCGCUCAUCCAAAAGAAACCCGCUAUGUCGACAUUCUCUCGGGAGAAGAUGACUGUAGGAAGUGCAGGACUCAUCCCAAUGAAUUGGAAGCCUGGUUGAAUAGAUCUGUUGUACCAUACGACUGCCAGGUGUGUGGUCACAGGCCGAAGCUGCUGAUUACUUACCCCUUAACAUGCAAUGGCGCCCCCAAUGAGCACGAUGAAGAUAUCAGGGUUUCUGGAUGCCAAUGUUGCCGCAAGCAUGGAUUCUGUGACUGCUGCAACUGCCACAGGAAUCCGAGUAUCCCGUUCGGCCAAAGGUUCCCUAGCGACAUGGAUUCCUUGCAUCGGGUUGUGAGACCAGCCGUUCCCAAUGAACUCGAUGAGAACAUCAGGACUUCUGGAUGCCAAUGUUGCCGCAAGUAUGGGUUCUGUGACUGCUGCAAUCGCCACAGAAACCCGAGUAUCCCGUUCGGCCAAAGGUUUUCUAGCGACAUGGAUUCCUUGCAUCGGGUUGUACGACCAGCAGUUCCCGAUGUACAAGUCUAUUGUGAUGAACGGAGACCUAGAGAUUUCUCCACUGGCUACACAUCCGGUUCUGGAUCGUCAAUAUGCGCAAGCGUGUCCCAAGUAGGCAAUCAACCUCCUAAGACCUACAUCAACGGCUACACAACCUCAGAGGGCUGUGGACAUUAUUCGGAUCCAACUAAAGACAUUUACUACCAGCAGCCUAAGGUUGUCAAUGUUAUAAGAACACCAAAUCCAUGCUUACCGGUGGUUGAACAUACUCGGUUCGAGCAACCGAGCUGUUACUCUAUCGUACCCAAGAAAGUAACGCCGGCAUGCGUUCCGGAUUUGGUGCCUACAGACGUUUUCGUUUGCAAGCAGUGCGGUACUCCACAUCAUCCCAGAAUGGUGUGUCACAGGGAGUAUGUUCCAAGGGGUGUAAUUGAAGGAGCUAGGAAUCAUUUGGGGCAUGGAGAGCCUUGCCAAGGUGUUUUCAGGGUGCCUUUAGUGAGAGGAGAUGUUGGACCUGUGAGGGAGAAUAUCAGGGAGGUUCCUGUUGUACCUGUUGUUCCUGUGAGAGAAGAUGUGAGGGAGGUUCCUGUUGUUCCUGUGAGAGAGUUCGUGGCAGUAGGUCCUCAAACUUACGAGGUCUGCAGGAGGUUUCCUAGACAGGCCAAUGCCACGGAAAUAGCUGCUGACAAAUGAGUAUAAGGACCACCAACUUUUUUUUCGACUGUGAUAAUUAUUUCAAUGAUUAAGUAGUGUUACGGAUGUUAUUUAUUUUUUAAGGCAAUUUUUUAUUAUUCGUUUAUUUUUGUUUUGUUAAUAAAAUUUGAAAAAAUAAUACUUCUGUUUGUUUCUGGAAUCGAUAAUAACUGCCAUAGUGUUAACAACUUGCCUUUUAAAACAAAAAUUCUCUAUUCAUGGUCUUUUGAGGACUACAAAAUUAUAUUUUGAUGUGAUGAUUUUUUCGAUGAUCAAUUUAUUUCUUUCGACAAUUUUGUUAUUAUUCGUUAAUUUUUGUUUGUCAAUAAAAUUUGAAGAUCAAUG